AUGUACUUCCCUAAGGCCUUUAUGCGAGGCCUUUCCCAUCAACAUGUCGAAUUGUGCAACUAUCUUGUCAACGCUGCUUGUGCUGUUGCCGGCCACACCGUCGUAAGCCCAUCGCUGUUCCCCAAGUACGAUAGAUUCGAUUAUCUCGGUAUCCAGCGGAAGAAGACCCUCGACAGUAAGCAGAUUGUACGCGGGUCAAAAAGGACAGCAGGUAACCAAGAGGCGAGAGAGGCGAAGAGGGAGGCUGCGCGAGAAGUUUUGAAGAUACUCCACGGACCUACUGCCCUGAAAGACAUCCAGAACGCAGUUGCAAGAGCCAAUUCUCGGACUGAAGCAGCGAGCCCUACCACAGGGGCUGCUUUUGCUAGUGUUGCUCAAGCACUUUACACGGCUCUGCAAGAUGCUGACGUCGCCCGUUUCCACCGCAUUGAGGCAAAGGAUAGCGCUAAGGACAAGGACAACAACCGCCUCGCCCCCGUAUCUUCAGACAGGAUGUUAUAG